AUGAAGAGGGAAGAGCCAGAAGUGGUACCAGCACCGUUGCCACAACCACCACCAUCACCAUUAACAACAACAACAGCAGCAGCGGCCGUAACACCGGUGGUGGAAGAGCCAUUUGUUGUGAAUUCAUCGAAGGAAACGAGGGGACGAAAACGUACGCGACACGACUCGGCACCGGACGCCGUAGAAGAGAAGAAAACCAACAAGAACAGCUCAGUGGCAAAUGAUUUCGGUGUGCGCCGUCGUGGUCGACCGCCCCGUAACGCGGGGAACAGCGACACCACCGCCCCUACCAAGAAAAAGAAAGGAGAUGUCAUUCAUUGGGUGUGCUGCGACUUGUGCAGCAAGUGGCGCAUCGUGCCGGAGAAGAUACCGGCGGAUACGGCAGAGUGGCACUGUGUGAUGCGGGCGGACGGAACGACGUGCAGUGACACUGAUGAUGAGGUACGCAUGAAUCACUCGAAGAAGAAACGGUAA